AUGUUCUCAACGGAACAGGAUGGUCGUAUUUGGCGCGUUGCACUUCCAGACGAGGCGUCAGAAGAGGCACGGUUCCUUGAUCAUGCGUACUACUUUGUUUGCUUUGAGAUGAGACAAAACAAAAUGGCGACCGCCACGCUGAGCGACGUGGUUGCGGCAGUCGAACUUGAAAUCAGUUGUCCCAUUUGUUUGGAGGACUUCGAAGAACCUAAGUGCCUUCCAAAUUGCGCUCACAAUGUCUGUCAACAUUGUCUUGAGGGAAUGCUGAGGAAGAAGACAGAUUUUGUAGAAUGUCCUGUAUGUCGCAUCGAGUCCGCUAUUCCUCAAGGCGGUAUUGCUGCUUUCCCAAAAAAUCACCUAAUUGUUCGCUUGAUCGAGCGUACACCUGGACGAAAGGAGAAAGAGGCCAUCAAAGAAGCUCUUAAAACUUGUAAAGGUAAAUUAGAAGGUGCCGAAACUGCUCUGAAGGAUAUGGAAGAUCGCUAUGUUACUUCCAGAAGUAAAGCACAAGAAAUCAAACAGAAGAUAAAGUCGAUCGCCGAAGAUGUUAUCACAAAAGUACGGGAACACGAAAGCAGAAUACUCGAUGAAAUUGAUCAAAAAUUGACUCAGAAUCGCAAUGAGGUAACGUUUGAAACUCAUAAAUCCAAUGCCACGGAGCUUUGCGAAAAUGCCACAAGCUGUAUUCAGACUGUUGAGGACAUACUGCAUAAUGGUGAGGUAAGCGAUCUGAAAGAUCUCAAAGACGCCCUUAUCGAAGAGUUACACGAAUUCUCGGAGUCCUUGGAAUCACGAAAGUUUUGGGCAAACUGUGAGUUCAGUCAUCCAUUUGAUGUGUCAUUGUCUAAUACUGAGUCAGUUGAUAAGUUUCUCCAGAAUGACUGUUCGUUAGGCAAUCUGCUUAUAAACACGGCUUCAGAUGCAGAUCUGGAUUCUGCCUCAGCAGCUGAAGAGAUUCCUGAAGUUUCUGUUUUCCCAGGUGUUUGUUUUGAUACACCUGUUGAUGUGAGAAAUAUGGACUUCUCAAACUGUGGUACUUUAAUUCAGACAGUGGAUAACUUGACUUGUGAAUUACAAAAAUUUAACCCCUUCUCAGUUGCAGUGGCCAGGAAUUCAGGCCAUUUUGUAGCACUGGAUGAAGAAUUGAAAAAUGUUCACAUCUUCAACGAGGAAGGAGAACAUUCAAAGAGAUUUCGUAUCAUGUAUGGUGACUUGUGGGACAUUGGUGUUUCAAAUGAAAAUGAGAUAGUUGUGUUAAAUCGGGAAAGCAACCGAAUCUUGCAUUAUGAUAUGAAUGGAAACUUUCAGAAAAAAUUUGUGACUCCUCCAAGACAUAAUGUGAAGUUUACAUCUAUGUCUGUUGACAUGCAUGGACGGUUUGUAAUCACCUCUAGUCCAUGUUAUGAAGAAACUCAAGAAGAUACUGAACCUUGCAUUCUAGUAUACAAUCAAUCAGCAAAACUUACAAUGUCAUUUGGAGAUGGGAUUCUUUUAUUACCCCAAAAAGCAGUAUUUCUCAAUGGUAAAUUUUUUGUGGCUGAUUCUGGGAAAGAGAGCAUUGUAGUCUUUGACAAGAGUGGGAUAUUUCUCGAAGAGAUUGCCAAAGGUUGCUUGGAACAUCCAUGCAGUGUUGCUGCUGAUUAUACCCAUGGAAAUAUUGUAGUUUGUGACCGUGGAAAUCCUUCAGUAAACAUAUAUAGUCAAACUGGGGAGUUUCUGCACCACCUUCAAUUUGAGGAUAUUCCCUUGCAAGUUGCUUUUACCAAGAACUUUGAGAAUCUACUUAUUUGCUUUGAGGUUGAUGAUGGCAACAAGAAUAUACAGAUGUUAACAUAUUCAUAG